AUGGGAAUGAAAGCCCGCUGCCAAUGCGGCCAGAUCCAAUUCACAACGCCAACAGACAAGCCCCUAAAGAUCUGGAUAUGUCACUGCACAGAAUGCCAGCACCAAAGCUCAUCCGCCUUUGGAAUCUCCGCCACAUUCCCCUACUUCGAGCUCCCCGAGUCAGUCUCCAGCCUGGUGGGCACCUAUACUCGUCGCACGAUCAAGGGCCGUGACAUGGAGUGUCUUUUCUGCAAGAAUUGUGGCGCACGUCUACUUCAUCGCUUCCGGGAUAGCGUGCCGGCGCCGGGCAAGCAGCCGGAUUUCUCGGCUAUUACCAAUGUCAAGGGCGGUUGCUUGGAAGGGUUAAGUAAAGAGAUGUUGCGGGGUGCGGGUCAUAUUUGGUGUCAGGAGGCUAUUAUCGAUAUUCCUGAGGGUGUGGAGAAAUGGGAUCAGGCGCCGCCGAAGCCGAAUCCGUUGGUUACCUAG